CGGUUUUCUGGCUGAUGCACUGCCCUGCUCGGACGGGUCCUGCGGAGAUGGAGGAUCAUUAUCAGGGAUUUUAACAGUUCCUCGCGGUAGCGUUGUGUUUUUAUUCUACUGUUCGUGUGGUUUUGAGUUUGAGAAAGGCGAGGGCGGCAGGAUGUCGGUGGCCGGACUGAAGAAACAGUUACACAAAGCAAGUCAGUUGCUCAAUGAAAAGAUCAAUGGAGUUGAAGGAACUAAGCUGGAUGAAGAUUUUAUUAGGAUGGAAAAGAAGUUUGAAAUCACACAAAAACUGAUUCUCGACCUUGUUCCAAAAACCACAGAGUACCUUCAGCCAAACCCAGCAUAUCGAGCAAAACUCAGCAUGCUCAACACAGUGUCCAGGAUCCGCGGUCAGGUGAAGACAGUCGGCUAUCCGCAGACCGAGGGAAUGCUGGGAGACUGCAUGUUGCGCUAUGGCAGUGAACUUGGCAUUGAGUCUGCAUUUGGCUGUGCACUGGUAGACAUGGGACAAGCCUUAAAGCAGAUGGCCCAAAUAAGAGAUUGUCUGGAUGUGCGGGUUAAACACAGCUUCAUUGAUCCACUUCAGACACUGCAGGACAAAGAGCUGAAGGAAAUUAUGUAUCACCUGCGCAAACUUGAAGGUCGGCGCUUAGAUUUUGACUACAAGAAACGGCGCAAAGGAAAGAUUGCAGAUUCUGAGAUUAAACAGGCACUGGAGAAAUUUGAGGAGUCCAAAGAGCUGGCAGAGAGAAGCAUGUUCAACCUUCUACACAGUGAUGUGGAACAGAUGCAGCAGCUUUUAGGCCUUGUUGAUGCAGCGCUGGACUAUCAUCGGCAGUCGAGUCUCGUUUUGGAAAACGUCAGAAGUAGUUUGCAGAACAGGAUAACUGAUGCCAGCAACAGACCAAAGCAGGAUUUCAGAUCAAAAUCCAUCGCAAGUACAAUGUGUUACACAGACAUUUAUGGAUUUUCCACCUGCUCUUCAGUUCGAUCUUCAGAUACUGAGGUAACUGAUGCAUUAAGUGAGAAAAAUGUCACUCCAGUGGUUCACACACUCAACCAGACGCCCGUUAAACCCCAAAUCUCAGAACAUCCAGCCUAUAAAAAUGGCAAUGAUUUCCACCUGGACCAGCCUUGCUGUCGUGCAAUUUACAACUUUAAACCAGAAAAUCAAGGAGAGUUGGGCUUCAAGGAGGGAGAUUUCAUUAUUCUCACCAACCAGAUUGAUGAGAACUGGUAUGAAGGCCUGCUCAGUGGAGAGUCAGGCUUUUUUCCCAUCAGCUACGUCAAAGUACUUGUACCUCUGCCCCAAUGACAGAAGCUCAUUAAGGUGCAUUAAGGCAUAUUAUGAACUCUUGAAGUCCCUGAUGUUUGAAAAAAUGUGAUCAGCACUUUUUAUGCAAAGAAUAAGCUUCUUUUACCACUAUGCAAUGUAUCCAGCCUUGAUCUUCUCUGAUGUGUAUGUUGAACACUGGAGAAACUAUAGGACAUUUGUUUUAUAAGCAGCAUCAAAAGCAAACUGGUGGUUUAAAUAAUGGUAUACAGUAGCCAUAUAUAGGAUUCAAAGCCUGUAUCAUUUUGUAUCAUAUACAAAUUUUCAUGUUCAAUUUAAAAUAUAUGCAAAUAAACAGCGCACAAAUGUGCUGUGUUUUAUCAUAUAAAAAUAUGAAAAUGUGAUACUGCUGUUUUUUAUUAUAUAGCCAUGCUGGUAAUUAUUGUGCCUGAUUACGGAGUCAGGGUUCACUAUGUGAUUUAGGAAUAAGAAUAAAAUAUCUAAACACAAAA